AUGGAUGAGAGAACGAAAAUCGUAGACGUAUGGGCAAAUAAUCUAGAGGAGGAAUUUGAACGAAUCAGGGAUGUAGUCGAAAAUCAUCCCUAUGUUGCUAUCGACACAGAAUUUCCCGGAAUUGUUGCUAGGCCAACAGGAAAUGUAAUAGAUUAUAAUUACCAAACCAUAAAAUGCAAUGUAGAUUUAUUGAAGGUUAUACAAUUAGGAGUUACCUUUUCGAAUGGGAAAGGGGAGCUACCUAAGGUGUCAACAUGGCAAUUCAAUUUUAAGUUUGAUUUGGAAAGUGAUAUGUAUGCUCAGAAUUCUAUAGACUUCCUAAAACUGAGUGGAAUAAAUUUUGAAAAACAUCAAUCCCUAGGUAUCGAGUUGUUGCAUUUUGGGGAAGUCAUUAUGUCCUCAGGUCUUGUCAUGAAUGAAGACGUCAAAUGGAUAUCUUUUCAUGGUUGCUAUGAUUUUGCUUAUCUGUUAAAAAUACUAACGUGUUGUGCUUUACCUCAUAAUGAAAUUGCCUUUUUUGAUUUACUGAACGAUUUCUUUCCUUCCUUGUACGAUAUAAAGUAUUUGCUUCUCAAUUUGAACAUCAAGCAAUUAAGUAGGACUUACUCAUUGCAAAAAAUUAGCGAAAUUUUAAGUGUGAAGAGGAUAGGAAGACAACACCAGGCUGGUUCAGACUCUCUCGUGACGUGUAAAACAUUUUUCAAAUUGCUGGAAUUGUAUUUCGAUAACAAAAUAGAUGACAAGAAGUAUUCAGGCAUUAUAUACGGCUUGGGGUCCACUAUAAAAAAUUACAAUCCCAAGUUGGAGGACAAUCCACACAAAGUUAAUAGUUCCAAUCAUUAUGGCAGUGGGUAUGUAAAGGGCAAUAAUAAUGCCCAUGGGGCCAGUGGCCACUGCUACGGAGGAGCCAAUUGCGCCUACGGCUGCGGCUAUGGCGCCAACUACGAUUGCAAUUAUAGCGGAAAUCAUAGUGCUAGCCACAGUGGCAACCAUAGUGGCAACCACAGCGGCGACCACAGCGGAAAUCACAGCGACAACAACGACAGCGAAGAGCGAAGCAGAGAAUACAACCACAUGUACAUGGAGGAAAGGAAAUGCAUGAUGAACUCCUAUCUGGAAAAUAAGGAAUACCAAAUAAGCUUCAGCAAGGACGCGGUCAAAGGCAACGUUAAAAGUGACAUGUUGUACAACCUCUAUGCAGAUGUAAACCAAAAUAACUACAACACUAUUGCGAAUGUAGGGAAUAUGAUGCCGACCAACAUUAUUGGCCUCUCUUCAUAUGAAAACGGCUCUAUGAAUAACCGGGAUUUUGCCAAGUACAGCACACAUCCACAGUUGAUUAAUAUGAGUUCUGUGAAUGCCAAGUCGCUGCGGGCUCUGGCUAAUAGCGACGCACACGCGAACAGCCUUAGUGGUGGCGACAGUGGAAGUAACAGCGCCAACGGAAAUGGUAGCGGAAGUGGAAGUGGAAAUGGAAGUGGAAGCGGAAGUGGUAAGGGAAAUGGCAAAAAUAACGGCAAAGGUGGAGGAAAGGGAGACACCAAAGGUGACGGCAAGGGGAACUCCAAAAAUUCUAACAAAAAUAAUAACAAGAACAACGGCAAGAAUAACGAUAACGGCGGUGGCAACAGUAAUGGUAGCAGCAAUAACGGAGGCAAUAAUGAGGGAAAUAACGGAGGAAGCAAUGGUGGCAACACCGGCGGCAGCGGCACAGGCCAUAGCAGCGGUCGUAGUGGAGGUCACAAUAGUGGACACAAUGGAGGGAAUGGCAACAACCACGGUAACACCAAAGGGAACGGCAAAAACAAAGGAAACAACAACAACAACGGCCAUAACAACAAUAGCAACAACAGCAACAAAAACAAUUCCAGAGAGGCCAUGAGCAUUGCAGGGAAUGCCAACAAAAGCAACGUAGAAAACAGCCCCAAGACGCCCAAAAACAUGUUUAAUGAUGUGGUGAAAAGCCCCAGCAACGAUAAUAGGAGUAACGAUUUUAACAUAGCCAAUGUCAGCAGCAGUAGCGAUCAUUUGAAAAAUAUAAACGUAGGAGGAGGAUCCACGAAUCGCAAUUUUACCAACCCUAAUGGAAAUAUAAUUAGUAUGAAUACUAACAACAUGAACGUGAACAGCAUAAAGAACACCGUACUACUAAAUAACGUCAGCAGUUUGAGUGGCAAGAAUAGCAAUGUUAAUAUAAGCGUAAAGAGCGACGUAUCUGGUAAAGGCUCUAUACCAAACAAAAGAAGCUUGAUUGGAAAAAAUGGUCAAGUAGGCAAAAACAACGUAGUUGAUCUUAGUAAAAGUAACUUAAACAACCCUGUUGUACUUCCAAGUGGCUUAAAUGUAGGCGCGCCUGGAAUAACCCUCGACAGUAUAAAUAACGGUAUGGUUGCUAACAGCAUGGGGGUAAAUAAUAUGAACGGCUUGAACAGUAACAUGAGUGUGAACCGUGCACCUGCGGUUAACACUGGGAAUUCAAAAUUGAAGCAAGGCGCUGGCAACGUUAGCAUAAAUAGCAGGAGCACCAAUAACAAUUACAGCAUCAACAGUGUGCACGAGGUCAAUGUAAGACAAAGCGGCUCCAUGAACAGUCUAAAUAUAUCGGAAGAAAGUAUUAUAGAUGCAGUUAAGGGAAAUUACGAAGUGGAAAACAACAAUUCCAUGGCUCGAAACGGAAUUGCAUCAAAUAGUAUGUAUGCACCUAGUAUGAAUUAUGCGAAUGGCGGAAAUGGCGGAAAUGGCGGAAAUGUCGGAAAUGGCGGAAAUGUCGGAAAUGUCGGAAGUCAUAAGAAUAGCUCAAGCGCAAGUGGAAAGAAUAGCAUUAAGAACAACAACAAUAACAGCAACGGCAGUGGUAGUAGCACUGGCCCAUUUUUAAAAAGCGUAAAUUUAGUUGCAGCUAACAUCGGGAGCAAUGCAGCCCCCCAAACGAACAGUAGCAUAAGUACUCUUAAGCAGUACUCCAUGCCAAACAAGUACAAUUCAUUUAAUAGCUACCCCACAAGUGUAAGCAACCCGAAUGAUAAAGGCAAUACAGAGAAUGGCGAAAUUGAUUGCGCACUGUUUGACGGACCAGGCGGCACAAUAAUCGUCGGGAAUGGAAAUAACAACGACGGUGGUAACGGUGGCGCACAUGUUAGCGGAAAACCCGUUUUGAAUAAAAACGGGGUGAACAAAGUAAACAUGACGCACAUGAAUUAUAACAAAAAUAUGAUUGCAAAUGGUGUAAUUGCGAAUGCCAAUUUUAAGGGAAGCCACAAAAACAAUGUCCCUAUGAACAGUGAUGUGCCGAGCGGUCUAAUGCAGAAUGGUAACCUUACCACAAAGAAUAAUGAGAUGAGUAGCGGCAAUUUUGACGCUAUGAAUAUCGUAUCGCCAAAUAUGACAAUACCAAGGCAUGACACCACCUGCAAGGACGACAAGGUGAACAACAUGAAAAAAGUUGCAAAUUCGAAUUUUCCUUUGAAGAAUCCGCCCCCACCUCCUCCACCACCGCCACCAUGUUCAUGCACUUUGACCAACGUGAUGAGCAACAUGGUUAGCGCAAUGAGUAACAGCGGCAAUCACAACAACAUUGGUGAAAAGGCGAAAAACAAUUCCUUUAUGAAAAAUCUGAGUUCAUCUUCCUCCAACAGCACGAGCAAUGCUAACUUGAGCAACGGGACGCAUCUAAUCAGUGGGCACGAAACGAAAUUUUGCAAUUUAAGAAUGGACACUACUAGCUACGCAUCGCACCACAUGAUGAAGCAUAACAUGAGCUUGAGCAAUUGCGAUAAUGUGAAUGGAAGCAACAAACUGAAUUUUGCCAACAUGGCUGACCCAAACGUUUCCGGAGGCACCACUAAGAGUAAUGCACAUGGUUCCGUUGGUCCCGUUAGCGGCAUUGGCAAUGUGGGCCCAUUAGGCACAAGCAUCGUUCACGUAUACAACGCAGCAAACAAAGCGCCCCUUGACACUAGAGAGUCCAGAGCGAACCUUACCUUUAACAGUAACGGCUCGAGCAACGCAAACAAGAAUAACAAAAAUUUUAAUCAGCUGAGCAGCACCACAAAUGAGAAGAAUAGCAAAAAUAAUGUGAAGGAAGGGAAUGGCAAAAAUACAGUCUUGUUAGGAACUAGCUGUAUUAGUGAGAGCGUCUAUAAUGCUGAUGGAAGUAUCAUGGCGAAUGGCGUGCACAGUGGGAUCCCGAAGAAUAGCGGAGAGCAGACCACGGCAAGCAGCAACACGAAUACCGCCAACGGCAGUGGCAACAAUGGAAAGAACGGAAAGAGUGGGAAAAAUGGCAACAAGAACAACAAACAUAAUAAGAACAAAAAUAAAAGCUCCAAUGGAGGAAGCGCAAACGGCGGAAGCGCCAAUGCAGGAAGUGCCAACGUCACCAAUACCGUCAUCAAAAAAAAAAGCAAUGAGAGAAAUGCUGCAGAUAAAAUGAACAUGAGCAACUUCGAGCAGAAUGAUCACUAUGACCCAGUUAGCCAAAGAAAAAAUGGAACCAAAAUUUUCUCCAACAUUGUAAAGGAGGAAGAACAAGGAGCCAAGUUUGCAAGCGGAAAUGUGCUGCCAAAUGACGAUAAGAAAAAUGCCCCAAUCGAUAGAAAUGAAUACAAAAGCUUUUUAAAUAAUAUGAAUUAUGUCAAGGCAGACAAUGUGAAGGUAUACAAUAGGGGAAGCGUAGUAGCAGGUGGUGGAGCUGUAGCCGUAGCGGGAGGGUUUGGAAAGAACGCCGCGCAGCAGUUAGGUGUAAAAAAUAACUUCGUCAAUAGCCCCACGUGCGAUAGCGAAAACGUGUUGAAUAGUAUGAGUAGUGUAAAUAUAAUGAACGACAUGAACACUGCAGACAUAAUGAGCCCCCCAAAUGUGCACAAUUAUGCCAACAAUAUCAGCACAGGAGGAAGCGCCGUCGAAGGCAACGCAGAUAUUCACUACCUUGGAAGCAUGAAGAAUGGCAAAGGUGGAAUUAACUACGCCGAAGUUUUGCAUGCAAAAAUGAGUAACUUUAAUAUGAUGAACAUAAGUAAGAUGAGUAGUGCGACUAAUUCGGCCCAGAAUAACGUGGGCCCUUUGAGCGGUGGUCCAAGCGGCGGCCAUACUGGCAAACACAACAGCAGUACUACAGCGGAAAACGCGAGCAUGAACGGAGGCGUCGUCAACAACAUUAUCAACAAAAAAACGAGCAAGGACCACCUAAGCAUGAUAAACCAUAUCAUGAUGAAUAACCUUAACCUGAGCAACAUUUAUGCAAACAGCGACACGAACACGUUUAGCAAAUUGAAUGUAAACCACAAGGGAGCUAGUGCAAGCAACUCCAAUUUGCACUUUAACGGUGAAGGCGCAACAGGUGUAGUACCGCGAAACCAGCCAUAUUACAAUUCGUACGCAGAAUCCUUUUCAGACAAAGUAGCCAACAAAUCAUUUAUGGAGAAGGGUGGUAACAUGCCGUCUUCCAUUUAUAAUGGCAAGAGGGAGGAACCCAACAUGAGCAUGUAUAACAACUACGUUGAUAAUAAUAACUUUUUGGAGAAGAAUGCAAUUCUUGCGGACAAGUACGAGUCAAUGGAAUCGCCCCAAGACAACAUGUUUAAUUAUACCAGUUAUGACUUUAAGAAUAAAGAAAGAAAAUUUUUUUACGAUGUGUAG